AUGACUACAACUACGACGCCAGGAUGUUAUUUUGGUGAUGAUUAUGUCGAUUUAGUACAUGGAGGACGUCGUCGUAUACGUAAUUUAAAAGCAGGAGAUCGUGUCUGGACAUUAAUUAAUGACGGUAAAAAUUUCGUAGAAGAUGAAAUAAUGAUUAUACCGCAUGCUGGACCAAAUACUCUAACUUAUUUCUACACAUUUACAACAAUCGAAGGACAUACAAUUCAUUUAACUGAUUCACAUUAUAUAGUUGUGGCUACUAUUAAUGAAAAUAAAAUAAAAAUAAUAUGUGCUUCAGAUGUUACACUUGAACAUCAACUAAUUAUAUUUAAUCGUAGAAUAGCUUUAGAAAAAAUAAUAUAUUCUAGACAUAUUGGUUUUUAUUCACCAAUUACAUUAAGUGGUUACUUAACUGUAAACAAUAUUUCAACAUCAGUUUAUACCGAUUUUUUACAAGUACCACAUGAUAUGCUUCAUCAAAUAGGAGGUCCAUUUCGAAUUUAUUAUCAUAUAACAAGAUGGUUAUUUGGAUAUAAAUAUAUACCAUUUUCAACAACUAUUAAUGAUGAAAUACAUCCCAUAUCUGCGUUUAUCAUUGAUUAUUAUAAACAAAUUCAACUAUUUUUUCCUAUUUUUUCCUUAUAA